CGCAUCGACUCACGCUGAGCAGCUGGGCAUUACCCAUGACUUGUCCGCCAUGAGUGUAAUCGACGCCGAUCAGAUCGCCGAUCCGCUGACAACAUUCCGGGGAGAAUUGCGAACCAGCUGUUUGCGAUUCUGCACGAGCACAGACCCAUCUGCAACCUGAUCUGGGGACUGGAGCAGGUUUCGGCAAACCUUGCGCGACUCACCUCACGGCUACUGAUAAGACCAGCUCUCCCGCGAUGGUGUGCAGCAAACAGGCAUAACAAGAUGGUCCUGGACUACCUUUUCUUUCAUUGCACUUAUACCAUCCCCUUGGCGACAGCGCUAACGGUGCUGUACUACCCAUUCUUCACGCCACAAGACCUGUCCAAGAUAUGCAUUCUGAUCACGAUUGCCGUUAUCGCAACCAUCCCGUGGGAUUCGUAUCUCAUCCGAACCGCCAUCUGGACCUACCCGCCUGAUGCAGUAAUUGGCCCCACACUGUUCAGGAUUCCGAUUGAGGAGGUCUUCUUCUUUGUGAUCCAAACUUACACUACCAGUUUGGUAUACUGCAUCUUCACGAAGCCGCUGGUCCGGCCCAUAUACCUCCGGUCAGAUGGGAAUAAACGGUUGCGAAACGGGGUUGCGGUGGGUAUAUUGGGAUUAAUGAGUAUCGGAAUUGCAUGUCUGCUAUCCGGAGAAUGGACGACAUAUCUGGGCUUGAUUCUGGUGUGGGUCUGUCCGGUCCUGUUGUUCCAAUGGUACGUCGGGUCGCUCUCUGAAGGUGGUUGCUUACUGUUUAGGAUACUAUCGUACCCAUUUCUUACGGCACUUCCCUGGAAACAAAUCGUCGUAUCAGUCUGCCUACCCACAAUGUAUCUCUGGAUUGCGGAUGCGCGUGCUAUGGGAACAGGGACGUGGAGAAUAGAAUCCGGCACAAAAAUAAGUUACCAGUGUUAUGGUCUCGAAGUCGAAGAAGCAACCUUUUUCCUGGCCACUAAUAUUAUGAUUGUCAUGGGACUCGCGGGAUGCGAUUAUGCAUUCGCCCUGGAAGAGUACCGAGGUCUCUCUGAGCCAGCGUCCAAAUCGUCACUAAAAGGAGCAAUCCUCGGGUUAAUAAAACCGAUGCCUGUGGAUGGGAGACUGGUUUCCGCUCUGUCGCAGGCGGUAUCCUGCCUGAAGGAGAAAAGCCAGAGCAUGUUCCUCGGCAGUGCGUUAUUCCAGGGUCAGCUACGCAUCGAUCUGAUAUUCCUAUACUCCUUCUGUCGCGUGGUAGAUGACCUCAUCGACGAAGCGGAGAAUGAACACGAAGCGCGAUAUUGGCUCACACAGUGCAAGAACAUCCUGGAUGCAAGAAUGAACAACGAGCAUCCGGAUGGGCAACUGAAGGGGGGUAAAUACGGGACACUAUGCCAGUCAAUCGACUUCCUUCCCCUCUCACGUCUAUCCAAGGAACCACUAUAUGACCUUCUAAAAGGUUUCGAAAUGGAUCUAGGUUUCAAUCCUGAAAAAGGGACGUUUCCGAUCGAGACUGAGCGCAAUCUUGAUCAAUACACGGCAUAUGUAGCGGGCACCGUCGGUGCGCUCGUUCUGGACGUUAUUUUCUCCCAUUGCUAUCAUGAGCGGACUCCACGCAUGGCCGAGAUAAGAAAUGCAGGAACGGAGAUGGGCAUGGCAGUCCAAUGUGUCAACAUCGCACGGGACAUCCGUCGGGAUGCAGCCAUCGGACGGGUGUAUAUUCCUACCACAUGGUUGAAUGAAGUUGGUCUUACGCCGGGUGACGUGCUCCAGUCCCCUAGUGCCCCAGUCAUCUACGAGCUGCAGAAUAAAAUGUUGCAGAAAGCGGACGGCUACUAUCGACCCAGUCGAGUGGCGAUUGAGGAGCUACCGAUUGGGGUCAGGGAGCCGGUCCGGGCAACGGCAGAGAGUUAUAUGGAAAUCGGACGGUUGUUGAGGGAGACAAAGGGCAAAAACCUGGAUCGAACGACGAAGCUCCGGGUGUCGCUGAGAGGUCGGCUGGUGGUGGGUUGGUUGGCGAUGCUAUAGCUGGUGAGUUCUGAGCGAAAACUCCCGAGGGGACCUAAGUGGAUAUUCUCGGGUCAUGGGAGUGUCUGGGAAAGUGGCUAGAUCCCAGCGAUUUCUAUGCCAGAACUAGCACCUCUCUCAUACACCAGACCG